AUUUCAUCCCCUCACUCGCUACUCUCUCCCUCUCUAUCGGGAUCCAUCAAUGGCGGAUUCGAACGGGAGCGCGGUCGAUACCAAGUCGAGGUUCGUCGAGAUAUACGCCCGCCUCAAAUCGGAGAUCCUCGAGGAUCCCGCUUUCGAUUACACCGAUGACUCCCGCCAAUGGAUCGAUCGGAUGCUGGACUAUAAUGUACCUGGAGGAAAGCUAAACCGUGGUAUCUCUGUCGUUGAUAGCUACAAAUUGUUGAAAGAAGGAAGCCAACUCACUGACGAUGAAUUCUUUCUUUCAAGUGUCCUUGGUUGGUGCAUUGAAUGGUUGCAAGCAUACUUUCUCGUAGUCGAUGAUAUCAUGGAUAAUUCCCACACAAGGAGAGGCCAGCCUUGUUGGUUCAGACUUCCUAAGGUUGGACUUAUUGCUGUAAAUGACGGGGUUUUACUUCGUAACCACAUCCCACGGAUGCUAAAACUACAUUUCAAGGAAAAGCCUUACUAUGUUGACCUCUUAGAUUUGUUCAAUGAGGUAGAAUUUCAGACAGCUUCAGGGCAGAUGCUUGAUCUGAUCACAACUCAUGAUGGAGAACAAGACCUGUCAAAAUAUAAUUUUCCUGUUUAUCAACGUAUUGUCCAGUACAAGACUGCUUAUUAUUCAUUCUACCUUCCGGUUGCAUGUGCUUUGGUGAUGUCUGGUGAAAACUUGGACAACUUUGUUGAGGUGAAAAACAUUCUUGUUGAAAUGGGAACGUAUUUCCAAGUUCAGGAUGAUUACCUAGAUUGUUUUGGUGCUCCUGAAGUAAUUGGUAAGAUUGGGACCGAUAUUGAAGAUUUUAAGUGCUCUUGGCUUAUUGUACAAGCCCUUGAGCGUGCCAAUGAAAACCAAAUGAAACUUCUAUCGGAGAAUUAUGGGAAGUCAGAUCCCGCUUGUGUUACAAAAGUGAAAGCCGUUUACAAUGACCUGAAUCUGCAGUCUGUGUUCGCGGAGUAUGAGGCUGCAAGCUAUGAACAGCUGAUCUCUUCCAUUGAAGCUCAGCCCAGCAAAGCUGUUCAGGAGGUGUUGAAGUCUUUCUUGCACAAGAUUUACAAGAGACAGAAGUGAUCUGGCUCAGAAAAAAUCAGUGGCAAGUUCUUCAUCAUGGGUUUGUACUUUUUUGUUGUCAUUUUCUUGUUUCUCUUGAUUUCUGUAGCAAUGGCACGUUUCUAUCCCUGUGCUUUAAUUUUUUUUCACCAUUAUUCUGUAUUAGAUUAGAUUGCCAUGUGUUCUGUAUGGGUGUUCUAUUGUUGUGUUUUGGAAAUUGCCAGUGUAAUUGAACAUCUUUGUACAACUUUUUAUUCCAGUAAUUCCCCACCUUUGUGAAACUUUUCAA